CUCUGUGCUCAGUUUGAUAACUGAGAAAGAGCAGAUCUCUUUUGCAAUGGAAGUAAGGCCCACCUUGAGGGGUGUGUGUGUGCAGCACCUCCGUUGGCUAGAAGUGGCGCUGAGGAGUCUGACGUCUCUUUGCUGCUGCGUUGGUGGCCCUGGCCCGUCACCGGCCUGCACGUCUGCGGGCAGGCCCUGCCUUGGAGAGACACGAUCAGAGCCGCGUCUUGCGGCGACUGUCCUGCCACAGCAGUGCCGGCAGCAGGUCAGGCAGGGAGGCGGCAGCCGUCCAGGGAAUCCGAGCCCGGAUUUUGGAGACUCUGGUCAUGCUCAUCCUCUUGGCGCUGCUGAUUCUGGGGAUAGUGUGGGUGGCGUCCGCCCUGAUAGACCAGGACGCGGCCAGCAUGGAGUCGCUGUACGAUCUCUGGGAGUUCUACCUACCCUAUUUAUAUUCCUGUAUAUCUUUGAUGGGAUGUUUGUUACUUCUCUUGUGCACCCCCGUCGGCCUCUCCCGCAUGUUCACGGUCAUGGGGCAGCUGCUGGUGAAGCCGGCGGACUGUCCUCGUCAGUGGAAUACAAUAUAACGGAGUUGGAACAGGAACUCGAAAAUGUGAAGACCCUGAAGACAAAAUUAGAGAGGCGGAAAAAGGCUUCGGCGUGGGAGAGAAACUUGGUGUACCCCGCCGUCAUGGUGCUCCUUCUCACCGAGACCUUCAUCUCGGUCCUCCUGGUGGCUUGUAACAUCCUCUGCCUGCUGGUUGACGAGACAGCCAUGCCAAAGGGAACACGGGGCCCUGGGAUAGGAAAUGCUUCUCUCUCUGCUUUCGGUUUCGUGGGAGCUGCACUCGAGAUCAUUUUGAUUUUCUAUCUUAUGGUGUCCUCUGUCGUCGGUUUCUAUAGCCUCCGGUUUUUUGGAAACUUCAUUCCCAAGAAGGACGACACCACCAUGACGAAGAUCAUUGGGAAUUGUGUGUCCAUCUUGGUCUUGAGCUCCGCUCUGCCUGUGAUGUCAAGGACACUGGGAAUCACUAGAUUUGAUCUACUUGGAGACUUUGGAAGGUUUAAUUGGCUGGGAAAUUUCUAUAUUGUAUUAUCCUACAAUUUGCUUUUUGCUAUUGUGACAACAUUGUGUCUGGUCAGAAAAUUCACGUCUGCUGUCCGAGAAGAACUUUUCAAGGCCCUAGGCCUUCAUAAGCUUCACUUGUCAGACGCGCCAAGGGAUUCAGAAGCAUCAAAGCCGUCUGCGAACGGGCACCCCAAAGCCCUGUGAGAACACGCAGCGCCCUGCGGCCGGGAGCCCCGCGCUCCGACCUCCCCGUCGGCCGGAAGUGACUCGCGCUGACCGUGCUGGGCAGUCGGGGCCUGGGCCUGGCGGCGCCAUCCCUUUCGGAAUUCCUGAGCACUUGGCCGCCACGGGCUGUGUUUCUGUUUCACUCUGUGCGGACCCCGUAGUCGGCAGCCAGCCGCAGGCUCCUCGGGGCGGCAGGUUCUUCUGUGGACGCCGUGCUGGCCUCGGUCGGAACAGUCCCCCACGGCGACUUCGGGGCUUUCUAAGAAUCCCGGUGCAUCCCAUUCCGUAUUUCGUUUGUUCAGGACGGAGGCGGCCGGGAGAAAGGCCCCCUCGCGCCUGGCUGCGGCGUGGAGGCCCUGCAGCCGCCGCCGCUGUGGGGGCCCCGGGAGCGGCAGUGCUGGCGGCGCACCCUCACCUCCUCCCGGGCGGGCACGCAGGCGGCCUGCCAGUUCAUGUUCCAGAGCGACCUCGAUUGGACUUGGAGUCCAGGGAAAACACGAGAUUCUUUUAAAACCCGAUCGGUGGUGGAACGUCCUGGAAACCCCGCGGCUGUGCAGUGCAGUGAGCUCCGGCAGGAAGUCGUUCCUCAUCCCCGCUCGGCUGCGGCUCAUGUGUCUGAGGCUCAGUGUCCCCUCUCAUCCGUAGUGGCCAGUGUGGAAUAUGCUUGUGACGCGGUUUUGCCUUAUAGGCUGUUUGGCUGCUCAGUUUUUAAAGCAUUUCUUCAGAUGCCCCCCGGUUCCCGGUUCUCCUGUGUCCAGUAUGAAACUACACGUGAUCGGUGGUAGAAACCCCUCGGUCACCACGUUCUUCAGGCUUUGGUUACUUUUGUAUAUGCCGAUUUAAACCUCAGAUUUAUAAAAGUUACCAAUUUACCCAGAUGCACAGUGUCCGCAUUCGUGAUGUAAGAACAGCUCUACAUGUAUCGUGAUCUGACAGUCAUUCCGUCACUGAAUUGUACGGGACUCCUGGGCUGGCUUCUUGGCUUCAGGUCCGUUGAGUAAAGCUAGACGGCCGAGCUCUCUGUUCCCAUGCGCCCGGAGAGAGCCCCGAGCCCCCGCCCCGCCCCACCCCGCCCCGAGCCCCCGCCCCCACCCCGUGCGCGGCUCGCAGCUACACAGGCUCCGCAAGCCCUUCGGGUCACACGCGCAGUGGAUGGUAAUAGGUUGUCUGCAUUCGGACAAAAGUAAAAGAACAUUUUUCUCAAAAAUUUUUUGGAGAAAUUUAUGAAUAUCAGGCUGUAUAUAUUUGACAUAAUUUUCCAUUUAGAGCCAAAAUAAUAAGAAAAAUUAAUCUGUAUAUUCUUGUGUUCCAUUGAGCAUACCUCUCCUUUAUUCAUACCUCUGCGUUUCCUUCUGAGCUUUUCUGCUUGUUAAAAUGCAGCUUAGUUUUAAAACAAAAGACCGGUUUGUGAUUCUAAACAACACUCAGUAAAUACCACCAGGGUAGUGCUGGGAAUCUCUUGGCAUAAGACCUGCAGAGUGAGAAACGGCACAGAAGUUGGCUAUUUCCUAAUUUCACUGUUACACCUAUUUUAACAUUAGUUGCAAGCUUUGAGUUCUACUGAAGCUUGCUUGCAGUCCGUAUUUUGAACGGACCCAGUCAAGGAGAGAAGAGAAGGAAAGUUCUUUAAAUACAAGGACUCAGUGGCACCUUACACCCGUGUCCGGCCACACCCACAGGAAGUUCCUGGGUAUCUGUCAGAGGUCUGAGGAUUUCUGAGUGAAAUAUUAAAUUUUUCAAUGUCUGUAUCAA